CCGAAACAUGACCAAAUCGUACAGCGAGAGCGGACUGAUAGGCGACCCUCAGCCCCAAGGUCCUCCAAGCUGGACGGACGAGUGUCUCAGUUCUCAGGACGAGGAGCACGAGGCAGACAAGAAGGAGGACGACCUCGAAGCCAUGAACGCCGAGGAGGAUUCACUGAGGAACGGGGGAGAGGAGGAGGACGAAGACGAGGACCUGGAAGAGGAGGAGGAGGAAGAAGAGGAGGAAGAUGAUCAGAAGCCCAAGAGACGUGGCCCCAAGAAGAAGAAGAUGACCAAGGCGCGCCUGGAGCGUUUUAAACUGAGGCGCAUGAAGGCCAACGCCCGGGAGCGGAACCGCAUGCACGGGCUGAACGCAGCGCUGGACAACCUGCGCAAGGUGGUGCCCUGCUACUCCAAGACUCAGAAGCUGUCCAAAAUCGAGACGCUACGCUUGGCCAAGAACUACAUCUGGGCUCUGUCGGAGAUCCUGCGCUCAGGCAAAAGCCCCGACCUGGUCUCCUUCGUACAGACGCUCUGCAAGGGCUUAUCCCAGCCCACCACCAACCUCGUUGCAGGCUGCCUGCAGCUCAACCCUCGGACUUUUCUGCCUGAGCAGAACCAAGACAUGCCCCCACACCUGCCGACGGCCAGCGCUUCCUUCCCUGUGCACCCCUACUCCUACCAGUCGCCGGGGUUGCCCAGCCCGCCGUACGGUACCAUGGACAGCUCCCACGUCUUCCACGUCAAGCCGCCGCCGCAUGCCUACAGCGCAGCGCUGGAGCCUUUCUUUGAAAGCCCCCUGACUGAUUGCACCAGUCCUUCCUUUGAUGGACCUCUCAGCCCGCCGCUCAGCAUCAAUGGCAACUUCUCUUUCAAACACGAACCGUCCGCCGAAUUUGAAAAAAAUUAUGCCUUUACCAUGCACUAUCCCGCAGCGACCCUGGCAGGGGCCCAAGGCCACGGAUCAAUCUUCUCGGGCACCACUGCUCCUCGCUGCGAGGUCCCCAUAGACAAUAUUAUGUCCUUCGAUAGCCAUUCACAUCAUGAGAGAGUCAUGAGUGCCCAGCUCAAUGCCAUCUUUCACGAUUAGAGGCACGUCAGUUUCAUCAUUCCCCGGGAAACGAACCCACUGUGCUUACAGUAACUGUCGUGUUUACAAAAGGCAGCCCUUUGGGUACUACUGCUGCAAAGUGCAAAUAUUCCAAGCUUCAAGUGAUAUAUGUAUUUAUUGUCGUUACUGCCUUUGGAAGAAACAGGGGAUCAAAGUUCCUGUUCACCUUAUGUAUUAUUUUCUAUAGCUCUUCUAUUUUAAAAAAAUAAUACAGUAAAGUAAAAGUAAAUGCACCACGAAUUUGGUGUAGCUGUCUGUAUUCAGAUCAUAUUAAUUAUCUGAUCGGGAUAACAAAAUCACAAGCAAUAAUUAGGAUCUAUGCAAUUUUUAAACUAGUAAUGGGCCAAUUAAAAUAUAUAUAAAUAUAUAUUUUUCAACCAGCAUUUUACUACUUGUUACCUUUCCCAUGCUGAAUUAUUUUGUUGUGAUUUUGUACAGAAUUUUUAAUGACUUUUUAUAAUGUGGAUUUCCUAUUUUAAAACCAUGCAGCUUCAUCAAUUUUUAUACAUAUCAGAAAAGUAGAAUUAUAUCUAAUUUAUACAAAAUAAUUUAACUAAUUUAAACCAGCAGAAAAGUGCUUAGAAAGUUAUUGUGUUGCCUUAGCACUUCUUUCCUCUCUAAUUGUAAAAAAAGAAAAAAAAUGCACAAUUUGAGCAAUUCAUUUCACUUUAAAGUCUUUCCCUCUCCCUAAAAUAAAAACCAGAUCCAUAACUCUCAAAAUCUCAAGAUGAUAAGAAAAAUCAAGAGAUGCAUUUCCUAUCAAAACAUAUCAAUUCAUUACUUGCACAAGCUUGUAUAUACAUAUUAUAAAUAAAUGCCAACAUACCCUUCUUUAAAUCAAAAGCUGCUUGACUAUCACAUACAAUUUGCACUGUUUCUUUUUAGUCUCUUAUUCCUUUGCAUUCCACGAUUUUACAAAGAAUCUGAAGCUUUUAAUGUUUCCAGAAAAUAUAAAUGCAUGAUUUUAUAUAUAGUCACCCAAAUGGUGGUUUUUCAUAUAUUCAUGUAAUAAAUCUGAGCCUAAAUCUAAUCAGAUUAUUAAUGUUGGGAUUUAUACCUGUUGUAGUCAAUUAGUACAGUAGCUUACAUAAAUUAAAACCAUUUAAUUCAUAAUUAGAACAAUAGCUAUUGCAUGUAAAAUGCAGUCCAGAAUAAGUGCUGUUUGAGAUGUGAUGCUGGUACCACUGGAAUCGACCUGUACUGUAAUCUUGUUUGUAAUACUGUAUAUUAUGGUGUAAUGCACAAUUUAGAAAACAUUCAUCCAGUCGCAAUAAAAAUAGUAUUGAAAAUCAAA